CAUCCCCAAAAUUUCGUAGUAGACGAAAACAACUUCGGCCCGUACAACAAUUGAUGCAGUAUGUACUACUCUUAUUUCUAGCCCUAAUUAAAAUUGGAAGACCGCUGAUAUUUUUGUGCAGAGUCAGAAAAGCGUUAUCUUCAUUCUUCAACUUCAAUCUUCCAUCACUAUAAAUUUCUCCAACUCUUUAUUUCCAUCCAAAAAUCCCAUUUUGCUGUUGCUUUUGUCUUCGAAGUGAAAAAGCGGUGAAGUGUCAAUCCCUCUGUGUGUGUAUUGGUCCAUCUCUCCUGGAGUUUGGCUUCUCAUCCACUCAUUUCCACACAAUCCCGACCCCAAAACCCCCAAUUUUAACCCCAACCAUUCGCCGCAGUUUCGGCCAAAUUUCCGCUGAUUGCGGUAUGGGGUGAGGAAGUGCUGGGCGUUUCUGAGGUAUGAUGGAGUGGGACAGCAACUCGGAGUCUGAUCUAAGCGGCGGAGAGGAGGACGAGGAGGAGAUCGAGGGAGGAUUAGGGUUUUUGCUGAGGAAGGGAGGCGGCGGGCAGCUGCCCUUCCCCGUCGACGCGCUUCUGCAACCGGCGCCUUGUGGGUUCGUUGUCACGGAUGCUUUGGAGCCCGACCAUCCCAUUAUUUACGUCAAUUCCGUCUUCGAGAUGGUUACCGGAUUUCGGGCCGAGGAAGUUCUCGGGCGUAACUGCCGUUUCAUGCAAUGCAGAGGUCCGUUUGCAAAGAGAAGGCAUCCCCUUGUGAGCUCCACAGUAGUUGCUGAAAUAAGAAGAUGCCUCGAGAAAGGUGUUGAGUUUCAAGGAGAACUGUUAAAUUUCAGGAAAGAUGGAUCCCCACUGAUGAACAUGUUACGUAUGACCCCAAUCUACGGUGAUGAGGAUACGAUAACACAUGUAAUUGGCAUACAACAUUUUAUAGAAGCAACUCUUGAUCUGGGUCCCCUUCCUGGAUCUUCAGCCAAGGAAUCUGCUAGAGCAUCUGAAAGGUUAAGGUUUAACAUUUCUUCUCGUGGAGUGGUUUCAGGAGAUAUCAGAAACGUCAGUCGUGGGUUAUGUGGAAUAUUCCAGUUGAGCGAUGAAGUAAUCGCUCUCAAGAUUCUUUCUCGACUUACUCCAAGGGAUAUUGCAUCAGUUGGCUCUGUCUGUCAACGGUUUUAUGAGCUAACAAAGAAUGAAGAUCUUUGGCGAAUUGUCUGUCAAAAUGCAUGGGGUAGUGAAACCACGAGGGUCCUCGAGAUGGUGCCUGGCGCUAAAAGAUUAGGCUGGGGUAGGUUGGCUAGGGAACUCACAACUCUUGAAGCUGCAGCUUGGAGAAAAUUAACAGUCGGAGGUGCAGUGGAACCCUCACGUUGCAACUUCAGUGCAUGCGCUGUUGGGAACCGUGUGGUGCUUUUUGGUGGCGAAGGUGUCAACAUGCAACCGAUGAACGACACCUUUGUAUUGGACCUGAACUCCACUAAUCCAGAGUGGCAACACGUGAAAGUGAGCUCUCCACCUCCUGGGCGUUGGGGUCACACGCUUUCGUGCGUGAAUGGUUCUCAUCUCGUGCUGUUUGGUGGUUGUGGGAGACAAGGUCUACUCAAUGACGUCUUCGUGUUGGACUUGGAUGCAAAACACCUUACGUGGCGUGAAAUCUCAAGCUUGGCACCGCCACUUCCUAGGUCGUGGCAUAGCUCCUGCACCCUCGAUGGUACCAAGUUAAUAGUGUCUGGUGGCUGUGCGGAUUCGGGUGUGCUUUUAAGUGAUACGUUCCUGCUCGAUCUAUCGAUAGAGAAACCAGUGUGGCGAGAGAUACCCGUAACAUGGACUCCUCCUUCGCGUUUGGGCCACACGCUAUCUGUUUAUGGCGGAAGAAAGAUCUUGAUGUUCGGAGGUCUUGCCAAGAGUGGGCCUCUCCGGUUUCGAUCUAGUGAUGUUUUCACCAUGGAUUUGAGUGAGGAUGAGCCUUGUUGGAGAUGCGUCACCGGGAGUGGAAUGCCUGGAGCCGGAAAUCCAGGUGGCAUGGCUCCCCCUCCUCGACUCGAUCACGUGGCUGUGAGUCUCCCCGGUGGCAGAAUCCUCGUGUUCGGUGGCUCCGUUGCCGGCCUCCACUCUGCUUCCCAGCUCUACAUACUUGAUCCCACCGAGGAGAAGCCAACGUGGAGGAUCCUAAACGUCCCCGGACGCCCUCCUAGAUUCGCCUGGGGACACAGCACGUGCAUCGUUGGAGGAACGAGAGCUAUCGUCCUCGGAGGUCAGACCGGUGAAGAGUGGAUGCUGAGUGAGAUUCACGAGCUCUCGCUGGCGAGCUCCGUCGUAUGAUCCUCCUAAAACUGCGCUCGUUACGGAUUCUUUCGUGGCUUUCAUGAAAUCAACCACCGUUUUCCGGAGGCCAUUCCUUCAUCGUCGACGUGCUCGAUGUCGAUCUACAACGCUCGUCGGAAUCAGUAAGCCCUAUCGGAAACUAUACUUGAAUUUCUUUCUUGCUCUCUCUCUCACUCACUCUAGGCUGCUAGACUUGGUAGAAAUUUGUAGGGUAACCCACACAUAUAUAUAGGUUAGCUACAUCAUGUUUGUGGUGUUUGUGCGUUUAAGUUGAAACUUGCGAGAGACACAACCAAACAAAUAGAGAGGAAAAAAAUAACCAAAAAAAGAAAUUAGUGUUGGCUUGUGUGUAUGAUUUACAGUGAUGUUUAUCUUUUUCUUUCCUUGUAAUGUUCAAUAAUUUUUAUUUUUAUUUUUUUUGAGAAUUAAUGUUCAAUAAUUUUAUGUUA